AUGACCCGCCAUGGGAAGAACUGCACCGCAGGCGCCGUGUACACCUACCACGAGAAGAAAAAAGACACCGCGGCCUCGGGCUAUGGGACCCAGACCGUGCGCCUGAGUCGGGAUGCCAUCAAGGACUUCGACUGCUGCUGCCUGUCGCUGCAACCCUGCCGUGACCCCGUCGUGACCUCCGACGGCUUCCUGUACGAGCGCGCCGCGAUCCUCGAGUACAUCCUGCACCGGAAGCGGGAGAUGGCCCGGCAGGCCAAGGCCUACGAGAAGCAGCGCGGGGCCCAGCAGGAGGAGCGGCGCCAACUGGGCCGCGCGGCCGCCCAGGACCAGCUCCGGCGCUUCUUGGAGAAGGAGGCGGCCAUCGUGAGCCGUCCCCUCGACCCCUUCAUCCCGCGAGCAGGGGCCGAUCCAGCCCCCAGAGCCGAGGACGGACAACCGGAGAAGGCCGAGGAGCUGCCCAGUUUCUGGAUCCCGUCCCUGACCCCCGAAGCCAAGGCGGACAAGUUGGAGAAGCCGUCGCGAGUCGUGAGGUGUCCUAUGUCCGGGAAACCUUUGCGCAUGUCGGAGCUCACGGCCGUCCACUUCACGCCCGCGGACGGCGCCGCGGACAGAGCGGGGAGGGAGCGCUACGUGUGCGCGGUCACCCGGGAUGGCCUGAGCAACGCCACGCCGUGCGCUGUCCUGCGGCCGUCAGGGGCCGUGGUGACCGUGAAGUGCGUGGAGCGUCUGAUCCGUAGGGACAUGGUGGACCCGGUCAGCGGGGCCCCACUCACCGACAAGGACAUCAUCCUGCUCCAGAGGGGCGGCACGGGCUUUGCAGCUUCCGGGGUGCAGCUGGAGGCAAAGAAGGCCUUCCCUGCCAUGCAGGCCUGA